GGUUGACAAUCGAAGGAGCAACCAUCUCCCUGUAAUACUUGGGUCCAGCCUCGGAGCUCUCUUUGCGGUGAUGUUUCUUGUUGUGGUCAUAGUUCUAUUUGCUCGGAAGAGACAUGAUAAUGAAGCAGAGGAGGAUUACCUUGAUCAAGUACCUGGAAUGCCCACCAGAUUCACGUAUGAGGAUCUGAAAGCCAUUACAGACGACUUCAGUAAAAAGCUUGGCGAAGGGGGCUUCGGUUCUGUUUUCGAGGGUACUCUAAUUGACGGCAUGAAAGUUGCAGUAAAGUGCCUUGAUGGUUUUCGGGAGGUCAAGAAAUCCUUUUUAGCCGAAGUUGAGACUAUCGGCAGCAUCCAUCACAUUAACUUGGUAAGACUCGUCGGAUUUUGUGCUGAGAAAUCCCACAGGCUCCUUAUCUAUGAGUACAUGUCAAAUGGGUCUCUAGAUAGAUGGAUCUUUCGCAAAUCCAAUGAAUGCAUUCUCUAUUGGCAACAACGGAAGAAGAUCAUUCUCGAUAUAGCAAAAGGACUCAAUUAUCUUCAUGAAGAUUGCAGACAGAAGAUAGUUCACUUAGACAUUAAACCCCAAAACAUCCUUUUGGAUGGGAAUUUCAAUGCUAAGGUUGGUGAUUUUGGAUUAUCCAAGUUGAUCGAUAGGGACCUAAGCCAAGUCAUCACAACCAUGAGAGGAACUCCUGGUUAUUUGGCCCCCGAGUGGCUGAGUGCUGCAAUUACUGAAAAGGUGGACGUGUAUAGCUUUGGCGUGGUGAUCUUGGAGAUAGUCUGUGGUAGAAAAAUCUUCGAUCGCUCUCUAUAUGAAGAAGAUAUGCAUUUACUGAGCCUUUUUAGGAGAAAGGCUGAGGGGGAACGAUUGCUGGACAUUGUGGAUGACUGUAGCGAGGAUAUGCAACUAAAUGGGCUGCAGGCAGUGAAUAUGCUAAGGAUUGCUGCGUGGUGCUUGCAGGGAGAUUAUACAAAGAGGCCUUCCAUGUCAAUAGUCAUCAAGGUGUUAGAGGGUGCUUCGGAAGUUCAAGACGACCUGGAUUACAACUUCUAUGCUCCUCCUUCCUCUAAUGGAACGGCAAAAUUCAGUCAAAUGGAAGUCAAAUCCAGUGCCGCCACUGCAUUAGUACCCUCAAUUCUAUCUGGUCCACGUUGACGCUGCAAGCUAAAAU